UCAGUAGUCUUCCGAUGUUUGUUUACAUCAGACACACAGUCUUCAAAGUUAGUUUUAGUGUUUUGAUGGGGUGUAAAUUGUGUUGAUAUUCUCGACUUAGGUUAAUAUUUUUGACAAUAAUAAACAAUUGUAUCGCGCCAUAUAAUUAAAAGCUGAAGAACUUAGCUUGAGCAUUUGACCACAAAAUUUUAUUGAUUUCAAUCUUAAAAACGUUGAAUGCAAACAGAACUGUGCAUAUCUGUGAACUGUUUUUGUGACAAGUGAAGUGAAUAGUUUUAAUUUUUACUAAUAAUGGCACCGCGGACCUUUAGGACGACUCCUACAUUGUACAAACAAUGUAUUAAUAGUUUUCUAGAUGGUCUGAAACCAGAAGCUCUAAUAGGCAGAAACUAUGAACAAUUACCAAAUAAUUUUAAAAUCAUCCCCCCCUCGCAGUUGACAAUGCGGCAGUUAGAAUUCAUGCCAAUAACACUUGUUGCUGAUAUUUUACUCCAUAUGGCCAGAGUGGACCGAUUCAAGGGAUUAGUGUUGAAGCCACUUUCGAAUCCCUUUAUACUGGAAGGCUUACUGUGGCAUGAGAACACAACGAGUAAGCUCCUUAUGUGUAUGGGCUUAGUGGAGGAGAGAAACCCAGCGUACGUAAAAAAAUUGGCAGACAGUUUCGUUUUACACUGGAAAAAACCGGUAGGUCAAUAUCCGGAUCUUAUCAACUUCGGAUUAAGGCUUGGUUCUUUUCUUUCUGACGUCGGUUGGAUACUGGAAAGUAUACAAAUUUUCACAGUUGUGGAGGCGAAAAUUCGUCUACAGGGAGAUAAUGAAUUAACGACGAUGCAACUCGUAGAUUGCUUGCAAAGACGACUCCAUUGCGAAACACUUAUAUGGGAGUUUAAGGCUGGUAGAAAGACAAUAACAGAAAUUUCGAGAUUGCUUCAUACAAUAGAUUUUGAAAACGUACCAGAAUAUUUAGCUGUAGAAAUAUAUACACGUGCGACGUCGUUUCAUUUAGUGCAACAUAAAAUCGAAGAAGCCUAUAGGUGCAGCGCCGUUAUUAUGCAAUAUAUAAGCGAGUCAAUGCCGACAAGGAUUUUGGUGGAUGCACUACGAGUUACAGCAAAAGCGUGUAUGGCCAAACGUAAAUUCGGACUGGCUAAUCUAAUGAUACAGCAGGCAAUCUCUAUGGCAGCGACUGUGUUUGGGCGUAAUCAUUUAAUAUAUGCUGACGUGUUGUUCGAUUAUGCGUACUUUCUACUCCUUUUUGAUAAAUCUCAACACGCCGUUAAUAUUUACGAUGAGGUCUGUAAGAUUAGACACCGAAAACUAUGCGAUGAGAGUUUCCUUAUUAGUUUGACGGACACAGCAUUCGCUAAUGCGUGCUAUGUUCGAAAACAUAGAUCCCUUAAACUCAUCCAAAACGCGCUCCGAGUGAUGACAAAGAUGUUGCCAUUAAAAAACUUAUUGCUUGCAUCAACCUUUCGAUUACAUUUAUUGAUAAAACACCAAAUUUCAACCGAUAAAUACGAAAGGUUUCACAAGACUAGUUAUUUAGAAUUUGGCAUGCUCGUUAAAAUACAAAUUGAGGUUGUGAACUUAUGUGUGGAUAUCCACGACGACAAGAACUUAUUCACAGCAAAAAAUUAUUUCGAAUUAGCGCGUAUUUAUCAAGCAGGGAAACAUUAUCAGCACAGCAAGCGAUGCAUUGCAAAGUGUAUAUUGAUCACAAAAGAAGGGAUGGGCUCUUCUAAGCAGGAAAUCGACGAUUUACGUGUUUUGGAAGCAUAUUUAGAGAAAACCAAUGCAGAACGGAAUAUUAUCCAAAAAGUUAAAAUGGAACCGUGGUUCCUAAACAGAAUUGAAACAUCUGAUCGUGCACUUGAACAAAUGCAACCAUUAUCCGCCCGUGUUUACGGAGGCUUAACCCGUUUGUAUCCUCCUAAUAAAAAAUUCCAGAAAUUUUUGAUAACUUUGGCAGCUAAAUAUCAUUCGGAGACUUCGUGCAAACACAAUGUUGACAUUUGGUGCAUAAGGUUCCUUCAACAUAUAUAUUUUACUGGCGCGGAAGGGGUUCAGGUAUGGAAAUGGCAAUCGGAACAAGAAUCAAAACUGACGUUGGAAGUAGAACCGGACCUGGAAUCGGAAACAGAAGAAGAAGCGAAAGAUUCAGAUUAAUUGAUAUGAAUAUUAUAGGCAUACAAAUUUUAGACGAUGCUAGUAAGAAAUAUAGGAAUUGAGAUAACGACAGUUUCGUCUAGCAACCGAGAGCUUUUGACAGAAAAAUAUAUAUAUAAUAAUAGUUUAA